UGGCGGACAUGUAAAUAAAUAACAGGAUUGGAAAUUUCUGACUCAUAAAGCCGAUAUCUACUUUAUCUGUUCAAUGGAUUUUGAGAUCACCCAGCAGUGGGAUAGCAGGCCAACUGGUCAUGCUCCAGUGAAGCUACGACUUAGUAGGAAUGACAGUUGUAUUUUAAUCCAUAUCGAAGCUCCCUUCUUUAAUGACCCCUCGAAUCCUGGCGGAGCACCGGGUGAACCAUUCUGGGAGCUAUGGGAAUAUGAAGUGGUUGAGGCCUUCUUCCUUGGAGAAGAUGGCAGUGGUGAGCCAUGCUAUGUAGAAUUGGAAUUCUGUCCGCAUGGUCAACACCUUCUCCUGCUGUUGAGAGGAGUACGCAAUGCAUUUAAUCACAGUCUCCCAGUUGACUACACAUCCAAGAUAAAUGGUUCCACAUGGACUGGUCUUGCAAGGAUACCCUUGAACUAUUUCCCACCAAAUGUUACAAUGUUCAAUGCAUAUGCUAUCCAUGGAUCAGGGGACCAAAGAAUGUAUGAAGCGUUGUAUCCUACGGAGGAAGGGAAAUACACUGAUCCUGAUUUUCACAAGCUAGAGUAUUUCCAGCCUAUAGACUUUGCCAAGCUUGCCCCAGAGAACACAAAUGCUGAACCAUCAGAGCUAUGGACAAUUAAGCCAUGAGGAAAUCACAGCUGAAUAAACAACCCAUUAUGUUUGAAUACACCAUCGGAAAAGAAAAAAUUACAAACAAAAUUAUAAAUACAAAAUUCCCCAUAAUAUUAACAUUGACACAAAGAUUUGGAAAUUUGCUCACCAUAUCUCAUUCUGCCUUUAAUAGGUGAAAACUAUCACAAUAUAUACAUGAUAAAAAUGUCUUGACCUGUUCACCAUUCACCUUUCCAAUGGUAUAUCACAACUAGAGAAACUGUUACUUACUACUAGUCAUAUUUUCUCAUUAUUUAUUGGGUAUUUGCUUAUGUCCGUGAUUAUGGAUGUUCACAAAGUAAGACUUGGAUUAGCA